GGCCGAAUUGAAAAAUUGGAAAGAUGUUCUCUCCAACUUUCAUCCAGAAAAAUCAUUUCCUCUUGUUUUCUAUGGCUAUAAAUUGUUUAGAAACCAGAAAUGUCAGAUUUUUAGACAAACCGCGCGAGUAACUGUUGCCCCAUGAACUUCUCGGAUGGCAAGUGUUGCCUCCGUAGCUUCCGUUUGUUCCCGCCUCAAUUCCCAUCAUACUUUGAUCUUUCCAUCGAAGCUUCCCCGCAAGACCUAUAGAUUGCGGUGCAAUGGAGGAAAUCCAACUACCGAUUCCUCGACAAAACAAGAUUCUGAACCUCAAAAUGCAUUUCUCAAGAUAGCAUGGUAUGGUUCUGAACUUCUUGGUAUUGCCGCUUCUGUCUUCCGUUCCCCUUCAAUCGAGGAAGCCCCUGAGAGAACUCUUGAGCUUGCCGGAGAUGGUUCAGGGGCAGUUGAUCGUGCUGCGGUUGUGGCAACCAUCAAAGAGGACUUUGAAAAGUCUUACUUCGUUACAGGAAACCUCACUUUGAAUGCUUAUGAAGAGGAUUGUGAAUUUGCUGAUCCAGCAGGCUCCUUCAAAGGGCUUCAACGUUUUAAAAGGAACUGCACUAAUUUUGGAUCACUUCUUGUAACGUCCAACAUGAAGCUUAUGAAGUGGGAAGACUUCGAGGAUAAGGGAAUUGGCCACUGGCGAUUCAGCUGUAUUUUAUCGUUUCCAUGGAGACCCAUUCUUUCUGCAACGGGAUAUACAGAAUACUAUUUUGAUGCACAAUCUGGAAGAGUUUGCAGGCAUGUGGAGCACUGGAAUGUUCCAAAAAUGGCUUUGUUUAAGCAAAUUCUAAAGCCUAGCCGAGGAUUUGGCAUAAGAGAUCAGGUGGAUAGGUGGUUGAAAGAUAUCCAGGGAAGCUCUAGAUAAGCAAAGGCUUUUUAUUUGCAUCAAAGUGCCAACAAUACGUCCAUAAGUUGUGAGUUCGGGUGCUCAUGAGGAUCCAGCAGAAUUUUGUUAUGUAACCUGAUACGAAUCUCUUGCCGAACUGAAAAGCAAUUUAUCUGCGAAAAGAAUAAACCUUGAAGCAUAGGAAGAAGCUGAGAUUUAGUGUAUAAAUGCUUUGUCGACGUAGUCUAGCAGUUCUCUCUCUUUUCUUAUGUAUGGUUGUUACUUGACAUGACACUUGUAUCAUAGGAAUUCACUGUAACAAGUGGGUAGGUGUAGCUAAAUAGUUUAUGACAUGAUACUUAUCCAAUCGCUAAUUCAAACGAACCCUACAUUAACGGUAUUGUGACUUGAUAUUGUAAAUUCGUGCGGUGUGCAUUCACCUUUGAUGGAUCAUGUCUCACACAUAUUCAUCCUUCUCAGA